AUGUCAUCUCUUGCUUCUUUAGAUGUACCACAUAGUAGUUCCCCGGAGCUAUCAUCGAUUUCCAAGUACCUUCCAAGUCUCAGAAGUCUUUGGGUGGAAUGCAGCUCAGAAGAUCGGCUUUCUCAUGAUACAACAAUAAUUUUAGAGGCAUUAUAUGCCAUAAAUUCUCGAUUGGAACCAAUGGCAACCACAUCACAAGUAUCAAAAAAUUCCUUGAAAUCUCUUUUCAUUCAACUGGGAAUGAAUUGCCAAGUGGCCAAUAUUCUGAAAGAGAAAGUUUUACAGUAUAUGACUGGCUAUGAGAGCGGUGGUUGUGUGCUUCUGGGUGAUAGUUAUCCCGAUUGGUUAAGCUUCAGUUGUGAUGGUUCUUCUGUUACUUUUGAAGUUCCUCAAGUAGAAGGGCAUAACUUAAAGUCAAUGAUCUGCAUUGCCGAUUCAUCAACUUCGGAUAACAUAACAUCGGAUGGUCUUAAAAAUGUGUUGGUGAAAAAUUACACAAAGGCCACCAUUCAGCUCUAUAAGAAAGAGACAUUAGCUUCCUUUAAGGAUGAGGAGGGGGAGAGAGUAGUAUCAAGUAUAGAUCCUGGAGACAGAGUGGAAGUUGUUGUUGUUUUUAGAAAUGGUUUCAUUGUGAAGAAAACUACAGUUUAUCUCGUAUAUGAUGAACCGAUGGGAGAAAAAAAGGAACAAUGCGAAGCACCAGAAGAAAAUACGGUUGCUUGUACUGUUGAUGAAAAUGAAAGCAUACAAUGUGAAGCACCAGAAGAAAGUACGGUUUCUUGUAGUGUUGAUGAAAAUGAAAGCAUACUAUGCGAAGCACUAGAAGAAAAUAUGGUUGCUUGUAGUGUUGAUGAAAAUGAAAGAAUACAAUGCGAAGCACCAGAAAGAAAUACGGUUUCUUGUAGUGUUGAUGAAAAUGAAAGCAUCCUAUGCGAAGCACCAGAUGAAAAUACAGUUGCUUGUAGUGUUGAUAAUGAAAGCAUACAAUUCGAAGCACCAGAAGAAAAUGCGGUUUCUUGUAGUGUUGAGGAAAAUGAAAGCAUACAAUGCGAAGCACCAGAAGAAAACACUAUUGCUGGUAGUGUUGAUGAAAAUGAAAGCAUACAAUGCGAAGCACCAGAAGAAAAAACUAAUGCUUGUAGUGCUGAUGAAAAUGAAAGCAUGGUCAGGACAAGCUCUCCACAAGUGGAACUCGUGAAAGAAAAUGUUGGCACUGGUAAUUGUUGUGGAUUUGUCGAGAAUGGUUUUAGACAGUGGAUUACAAAUUUUAUGUGUAGAUUAGUGGAGUGUUGGAGAUAG